AAUCCUUGCGAAGGAACUUACAAGUUUUUGAAUGAAAGUGAUCGUUCAAGGCAAACAAAUUUAAAUAAGUGUGAUGCCACUGACUUAGACGGAAAGUGGGGCUGGUUCCGAGUUUCUGGAGAAGCAGGGAAUGCCCUGGCGUCCAGUCUCCCUCCCUGGGGUACUUGUAAUGCAGGCUCUCGAGCUUACCUUGUAGAUGAUCAUCCGUCAUACGCCGUCGGCGAACUUAACCUUACGCUCUGUGUGGCUACAGAAAAUAACAAUUGCUUUUCUAGAAAGAGCCUUGCUGUAAUGAACUGCGGCGAAUUCUAUUUAUACGAUCUGUUUAUGAUAAGGAGCUGCGGCAGCAAAAGAUGGCGUUACUGUACAAAUGGUAUUGGUAAGUUGUGCUGCCCUGUGUACUGGGUGAGAUAGAAUUUAGUUUAGCUAACACGCUUUAGUAACAGAUUUAAAUUUUUGGUAUUUGUAUAUUCCUUUCUCAUUUUCAAUUCUUCCUCUUCGGCUUGCUGUUUUGCUCACUUUUUUGACUAAGUCGUCCAGAAAGUUCUUGCUUGUGUCAUCCCGCUUACUACGCAUGGUUCAAGUUUCAUGACGUUUCACGAAGUGUUAUUGCUAUACACACCACGAAGCUACAGCUAGUUGAUACCUUUUUUACGGCUUUUAAAGUUUACAUUGUUCGUUUGAAUAUGCUGGAAUUGCUUCAUCUUUAAGGAUUCCUGCACCUUACAAUUUGUGGAGAGAAAGGACACUUGAUAAACCGCUUUUUCUUUCUGUUUUGUUUUUGGUUUGUUUUUUCUUUGAGACGUGGGGACUUAUUUGUAUCGGUGCUUGAACGACCUUGUUUCAGUCAUAAACGGCAAAAAUAAUAACCAGUUAAUCAUAACUGUCUCACGAUGUAAACUGGACACAGUUCAUGAACUUUCUUGCGGCCAUUUCUGGUCGACGAUUAUUUGCCCUAACGUGAAGCGAAAAUGAUAUGUUUCGCUAGGCUUUUACGAGAUAUCUCUAUGGGAAAAAAUGUACAUUUCGCCAUAGGUUUGGGACUUAUCUAGUUAUGUAUCGUUCCCAUUGAAAUAUAGUCCAAACUACGUUAAUAAUUCGCGAUGAUUUGCCCGUUGUUGUAUGUCUUUCAGAGAUGCUUGCAAGAAAUUGUCGAGCUUAGGAAAUCGCAUACAAUCACAACUUGAAAAAAGAAAAAAAAAUCAUCUUCUUUUUCAGCGGACGAUAAAUGCUCUUGGGAUAAAUGUCCGAACGGGAAACUGUGCGUUUUGAAGAAUAAUGGAAUGCAAUCUGAAUGUGUGGAUGGUAAAAUCUAUGACUACUUCGACUCAAAUUAAGUCCAUCAUGUUAUAUAUAUGUGUUAUUAAUUGAGCGUGAGGGUACUAUGGCUAUAUUAGCCGAGUUCUGUUAUAUUUUUGAAAGGGGAGAUUCUGUCAUUCAUUAAAAGCUGCGACUUAUUUUUCUUGAUCCAACCCGACGUGGUGCACUGAUUGGGUAACGAUAGAGACCUCUUUCAAAUUUAAAGCAACAUUUGGGUUUGUCAUGUUUAUGACAGUUAGUUCUAAAUUUUUGUUAGAUAGUUACAUCACAAGUCUAACUUAGUAUUAGAGUAAUGUUCUGUGGAAUUAGAGUAAUGUUCUGUGGAAUUAGAGUAAUGUUCUGUGGAAUUAGAGUAAUUUUCUGUGGAAUGUUCAAGUUUGUGGACUGUUUCAUCUAGGUAUCACAUUCACUACAAUUGACCUACCCAUUUAUAAUGACUUUAAAAUGUUUUAUUACAGCCCCUCCGCCAGGGCCUCAGCCUCCGAUGAUGCCUCCCUCAGAGGAUCCAUGCUCACCCAAUCCUUGUUCGAAUGGUGGUACCUGCAACAACGACUCCAAUCCUUAUACCUGCAGU